UUGCAGCUGCUGCUCGCUCUCUCUUUACGCACCGCGGCUCCGCUACCGCCGGAGCCUGGAACCGCUUUACCGCGCGGUAAAAAUAGAGCCGGAGCGCCUUGAUUAUCACUCUGUACAGGGGGGGAAUCAGGUCGCGGAGGAUCGCUACGUGUGCGAGAUCCAGUCGAUAGAAGCUGAGAUAGAUAAAUCUAGCAGAGGAAGACGCGGAGCUUCGGAGAGGAAGGAUAGCGAGGAUGCUGCCGCUGCCUGCUCUGCUUCCACCGUGGACAAACCGGACCGCCUCCGAGGCUUCCUGAACGCGGAAUCAGCUCUCUCUCUCUGCACAUUCCUCCAUAUUCACCACAGACUUGUGCGCUCUCUCUCUCUCUCUCUCGGCUCUCUUCUUGCUCUGCGUGAACCUGUCGGGUUUUUUUUUUUAUUUUAAUUUCUUUUCUCGGGAUUACGCUGAAUUGUUUCCACCUGAACACCGAGUGAUUUGUCCGCCGGUGUCUGGAGGGUUUUGAGGACGGAUCAUCAUCAUUAUUAUCACCAUCAUCAUCAUCAUCAUAAUGGUGUCAGGCGCUGGGAGGUGUCCCGGCGGGGUUGUCCGGUACCUGGUGUCCGCCUGCCUGCUGUCCCUGCUGCUCUACCUGCCGGAGGCUCGGGCGUCUUAUUACCCACAGAGCGGAGAGUGCAAAGGCAAAGGGAAGGACUGCACAGAUCUGUCAGAGAAGAAGAGCGACCUGAGGGUUUGUGAUGACUCCACCUGCAGAUUCGGAGGUGUCUGUAGAGACGAUGGAGCUCAGCUCAAAUGUGUUUGCCAGUUCCAGUGCCACAAAAACUACAUCCCCGUGUGCGGCUCCAACGGAGACACCUACCAGAACGAGUGCUACAGGCGACAGGCGUCCUGCAAACAGCAGAGACUCAUCUCUCGGGUGUCCGACGGGCCCUGCUCUGCCGAUCCUGGCUCCGGUUCAGGAGACGGAGACGAUGACGAAGGUUCAGGCUCCGACGUUGGGAAGAAGUUCAACAAGUGCAGCACGUGUAAAUAUGGAGCAGAGUGUGAUUAUGACUCAGAGGACGUCUGGUGCAUCUGUAACAUCGACUGCAGCCGUCACAACGAGAACCCGGUGUGCGCCACCGACGGGAACUCAUACAACAACCCUUGUCUGGUCCGAGAGGCGUCGUGUAUGAAGCAGGAACAGAUCGAUGUCAAACACCUGGGCAGGUGUCCCGCUGACAAAGAGAAACUGGGGAAGAAAGACGACGGCAGUCCUUUCAAAGUAAACGUCUUAGAGACCAAAGGUCUGGACCACAGCGACGGUUUCUACGCCGGGAUACCGAUCCCCUGCGCUGACAGCUACGCCGGCUUCUGCGUUCAUGGGACAUGUGAGAUCAAAUACAACAUGGCCACCUGCAGAUGUGACUCCGGCUACAAAGGUCCUCAGUGUGAUGAGCCUCAGGACUUCAACAUCCUCUACGUGGUUCCCAGUGGACAGAAGCUUCACUACGUCCUCAUUGCCGCCAUCAUCGGCGCCGUGCAGAUCGCCAUCAUUGUUGCCGUGGUGAUGUGCAUCACAAGGAAAUGUCCAAAAAACAACAGAGGCCGUCGGCAAAAACAAAACCUCGGACACUUCUCCUCGGACACAAACUCCAGGAUGGUAUAGCCGUGUUUGUCUGCGUUUUUUUGAUAAGUUUUUUCUUACGACGUGGGAAUACCAUUUUUUAACAGUAGAUGUGUGGUAUUAAAUUUUUGUUUCUCCUGGGAAACCAUAAAUAAAGAAGAAGAAUGAUAAUAUUUAUUUAAGGGGCCUUAUUUUAUCUCCUUUUUUUUUGUUUUUGGAUGGAAUUGUUGCGCAACGAUUUACGCGAUCAAGAUUUUUCUUUUUUUUUCUCGCAAGACCAAGAGGAGCCGAAUCGACAAAACCCGCCGUCACUUUACAUCGUUGCCAUGUCUGCUUUCUUAAUUACUUUUAACUGCUUCAUUAGAGGUUUUGUUGAAUGCUUUAUAAAUACGGUACCUUUGGCAAACUGGCUAACAGAGUAAUGUCUGCCCCUCUGGAAUGUGCUAUUUAUUGAAAAUGAUUUAUUUCUACGCCCCUCUCUGUUUCACUUUUUACUAAUAAUGUGCAGCUGAUCACCAAAUGCAGUUUUUUUUUUGUUUUUUGUUGUUUGUAGGAGGUGAGAGGGGCCAGCCAGUCAGAUAGAUAUGUUUACACUUCUUAUUCUUUGGUAUGAAAUUCCAUUUAAAUACUUCACUGUGUUUAAACGAGCUAAUAAUUUAUUAUUAUUAUAAUUAUUUUCAUUUAAAGUAGUUUUUACUUCUUAUGUUAACCUUUAUUUUAAAAGUUGCUUUCUGAAUUCUAGUUCCUGUAUAUUCGCAUGACUUGUGAAAACUGUGUACUGUGGUGUAGUUUUAACUUUUUAAAAAGAAAAGCUGACGGCCUCGACGCCUCCGCCAUCUCUGCGUCGCCGGGUAUCCGAUGACCGCUGACGGCAAGGUGGAAAUCCGAAAAAGUGGGACUGAUGAUGAAGGGAGGACAUGGUGAGGGACACUGAGGGAGGAGGAAAUACUCUGUGUUAUAAAGAAAGGAAUGUGUAAUGUUUGAAAAAAUCAGUCUGCUGUUUUUAUCCCUGCUAGAAAACGACAAAAAAAAAAAAGAACACAGACAUCAUUGACGAGGGGAAACUUCUAAAAUAUAAUUUUGCUUUAAGGGGAAGAAAGUCGUGUUGAUUGUAACACUCAGAGGCAGGAAUGUUUUUCAUCUCUGUCUGUAUAUCUGAAGGAUUGUAAAGGAAGGGCUGUCUGCUGUUUUGGGGGUUUGAAGGCAGUUUGAAAGGACUGAAUGCACAUUGAGGUCAACUUUAAUGAUAUUUUUCAUGUAAUUGGAAGAAGUCUUAGUUGCUGAGAUGGCUGUAAUCAAGGCUUUUUUUUGAAUGUGAGAGAAUAAUUUUGUCUUUUUUUUUAUUUUUGUUUGUUUAGUUUUGCAUUUGGUCCUCAGCGAGACAUUCCAAGCACAAAGGAUCCCUUACGAAAAAUUAACUAUAAUAACCCUUUCCACCUUAUUCCUUGCUCCAUGAGACCUUGUGACAAUUAUGGGUGCAACCUCUGGUUAUUAUUGUGAACCAGCGUUUGUGAGAGUUAGUUUGGGAAAUAAAUGAUGAAUGAACACAGCCUGUCACACAAGAAAAAAGUUUGGGAAAUACAAUCAUUCUCUUUCUUGCCAAGAGUUAAAUGAGAAGGAAGUAAUAUUAUUAGGAUCCGUAUAACAACGAUUAGUUGUUUUGUUUUUGUGCAGAUUAACAAACAACAUAUAACAUGUUGAUCAGUGAGCUUUAGAGG